AUGAGCGUCCUCUCGGCUCUCCGCCGUACUUCGCAGCACCGAUCGCUUCUCCCGCGCCGCUUCUUCUCGAUUCCCAGCUCUCGCCCGCUUGCGCUUGUGGUCGCCCGGCACAAGUUGGCGCCAGAAGCACCGGACCGCUUUUACUUCCACUACAGCAACCCGAUCGACUGGCCGCUUGUGCUCCAAGACGAGCUGGGACUUCCACGGACCCCGAAGGUCCUCAGCGUCUUUAGCUCGUUCAGUGGCGAGUCGGAUCCGGGCGUCACAGGGACCUUCAACGUUUCGUACGACAAGCUCAUGGACACCAUGGCGUACUUUCAGGAACAGGAAAGACGCUACAACGAGCUCAUGGCUGCCUUCAAGAAGAACGGCCAG